AUGGUUGAAAAGAUAGCAUUGGUCCUUCGAAAAUGGCAUCCGAAUCUUAACAUGAAUGAUUCUCUUCUGGCACAGGUCCCAGUUUGGGUAAAAUUACCAGGUUUGCCUCUUGAGUAUUGGGUAGAAAGUAUUUUCUCUAGAAUAGCAAGCUCCUUUGGUGAGCUCCUCUCAAUAGACCCAGUCAUGGCCUCAAAAAGGAGGCUUACUCAUGCUAGAUUUUGUGUAGGGAUAGCUCAUGAUGCAGAUAUGCCGAAAGAGAUAGACAUUGUGUCAAAAUUGGGAACAUGGAAGCAACUAAUAGAAUAUGAAUCUAUCCCCUUUGCUUGUUUCCACUGCAAGAAAGAAGGUCACUGGGCUAAAUCUUGUCCUCUCAAGCCUAAAGGGGAGCUCAAGCAAGCCAAACCAUCGGCUGAAAGUAAAAGGUAUGGCAAGUAA